AUGAUUUAUGUGUAUAAAGUACAGAAAUAGCACUGGCACCUCACCAACAGAAGCAGGAAAAGUAUGGCAAAAGAAGUGAAGCUCUUGGGGUUUUGGACUAGCCCAUAUGUGUAUAGAGUAGAAUGGGCACUGAAGCUAAAGGGUGUUGAUUAUGAGUACUUAGAAGAAGAUAUAUUUAACAAGAGCACAAGGCUUCUGGAGCUGAACCCAAUCCACAAGAAGGUUCCUGUGCUUGUUCAUGACAAGAAAGUAAUCCUUGAGUCGCAUGUUAUUCUCGAGUAUAUCGAUGAGACUUGGGAACAAAAUCCACUGCUGCCUAAAGAUCCUCGUGAAAGAGCCAUGGCACGUUUCUGGGCCAAAUAUGGAGAUGAAAAGCUAUUGAGUGCAUGGAAGCAAACGUGGUUGAAAGGAGAGGAAAAAGCGAAGGCAGUUGAAGAAUCAAUAGAAGCCUUGGAAAAGAUCGAGGAAGAGCUCAAAGAGAAGAAGUACUUUGAAGGAGAGGGGAUUGGGUAUUUGGAUCUUGCACUUGGGUGGAUCGCUUACUGGCUACCCGUUAUGGAAAAAGUUGGGUCUAUGCAGCUUUUGAAGGAAGAGAAAUUUCCAGCGAUUACAUCUUGGAUCAGCAAGUUUCUUAGCCACCCAGCGAUUAAAGACAAGUUACCACCGUGGGACGAGCUGGUUGUUUACCUUGACGAGAAAAGGGAAGCCAGAUAUAACAGCUAUUACCCAAAGCAAAGGGAAAAUUAAUUAAUAUUUUCAGUCAAUGAAAAGGACUAUACAAAGCUUGAAAUGCAAUGAACUUGUAUUAUUAUUGAAAGAAAGGGAUGUUGUAUAAUUAUAUGAAUUUCAAGAAAGACUAUGUUGUAUUAAACUUAGAUGAGAUCUUCCCUGCAACUUCGUGAUCUUACAUCAAUUU